UCUGCUAGUAAAACCGGCUACGUGAAGAUUAAUGAACGAUCGAUCUAUCAUUAACAAUUUAACUGGCGAGUGUUUAGUUUGUGCGAGUUUCCUCGCGUCGAGAACUGCGAGUUCUUUGCGUUGAAAUAUUAUAUACGUGCACGAAAAUUGUAAAUUUAGCUAUAGUGUCGUUUCGUCGUCGUUGCAUUCCUUGCCAGCAUUGUGAAAGGUCUUACAGCGUCAAUGAGAUUGCGUUGUAACUCUAUAAAUAGAAGCUAUAAUUUAUGAUUUACCAAAGCGAAGAAUAAAGCGUGUAACAUUACGAACCGUGUAAUUAAUUACUGAUAAGUUAAUAGUAUCAUUGUGUAAGCAUGGCGACACAUGUAUUUCGUGGUAUUCAAAGGCUCAGCCGAAUAGUGGAUGUUGGAAGGACACUGAACUCGACAUUAAGACGUGCGUCGACCUCAUCGCAAACCAGAAUUGUGCCAGGGCCAAAUGGCGAGAAGAUUAUUAUGCCUUCUGCUGGAGAUGUUUCUUAUCCAGAAACUCUGAUUCAUGAGUUCGUUUGGAACGACAGUGAGAAUUAUGCUAAUCAUGUUGCUUUGGAAUGUGGUGUAAGUAGCAAAAAGUACACUUUCGCACAAGCUAAGGAUGCGACAAGUUAUAUCGGCAGAAGUCUACGGAACAUGGGUCUCAAAAAGGGCGAUGUGAUAGCAUUAGUAGCACCCAAUUUUCCAGACACAGUUUUAGCUUUGCUUGGAAGCUUAUCAGGCGGGCUUAUUGUUACUCCUAUGAAUCCGAUGUAUACUGCUGAGGAAAUGUCGAGGCAGUUGUUGAAAGUUAAUGCAAAAGCAGUCAUCACUUCGACCAUAAUUGCACCCACAGCGCUCGCUGCAACGAAGGCAUGUCUUCCUCCUAAUACGCCUUUUAUAGUGAUUGAUGAUAAGACUGGUCCUAUUCCAGAGGGUGCGAUACCUUUCGAUGAUCUUAUAACACGAGGUAAAACAUUACCACCUGUACGUUCUAAUAGCUCUUGUAAUGAUGUAGCAGUUUUACCAUUUUCGAGUGGCACGACUGGAUUACCCAAGGGUGUUAUGCUAACACAUCGCAAUUUGGUGGCUAAUAUAAUGAUGUCACAUCUUACUGUUUCCGAUUUAACUCGGCCUACUACAAGUACAUUUCAAGAAGUAAUACCUUCAGUAUUACCAUUUUUUCAUAUUUAUGGAAUGAAUGGUGUGAUACUUCAACGUCUUACUUUCGGUUCAAGAAUAAUCACUAUUCCAAAAUUUGUACCCGAGAUGUUCCUCAAUAUAUUGGAAAAAAGCAAGGCAACUAUUCUAUUUUGCGUACCACCUAUAGUAUUAUUUUUAUCAACUUCCCCUCUUGUGAAGAAGCAUUAUUUCGACCAUAUGCAUUUCAUGAUGAGUGGUGCCGCACCACUUGCCAAAACAGAUGUUGACAGAUUUUAUGAAAAAUUCAACAUUGACCCGAAAGUUUUCCAGUUUCGUCAAGGUUACGGAUUAACAGAAAGUUCACCAGUGGCAUUUAUUGAAAAAGGACAGAAAUAUUCCAGCAUUGGAAAUAAUAUAAUUGGUUGUCAAGCACGUUUGGUGGAUAUAACCACACAACAGGAUAUCAGCAUUCCUAAUCAAACAGGUGAAUUAUGGAUCAAGGGACCUCACAUUAUGAAAGGAUAUCUAAAUGAUGAAACCGCCACGAAAAAUACCUUAACCGAGAAUGGAUGGUUGAAAACGGGCGAUAUUGCUUACUUUGAUGAAGAUUUGGACUUUUAUAUUACAGAUAGAUUAAAAGAGCUUAUCAAAGUUAAAGGAUUCCAGGUACCACCGGCGGAAUUGGAAGCGCUGUUGCGGACGCAUCCAGAUGUGGAGGAAGCGGCAGUGAUUGGUAUUCGGCAUGCAAGGUAUGGCGAGGUACCGAAAGCAUUUGUGGUGACAAGUAAGGGUAAGAAACCUACGGAAGACGACAUUAAGAACUUUGUAAAAGAAAAAGUCUCCGACUACAAACAACUGGAAGGUGGAGUUACAUUUGUUAAUGAGAUUCCGAAGAAUGCAAGUGGAAAAAUUAUGAGAUCAAAGUUGAAGCAAGAUUAUAAGUCCUAACAUAAUUAAAAUGGUAUCUUUGAUAAUAUAACUAUUUUCAGAAUAAGAUCAUUCAAAGUUUUAUAUGUGUAUAAAUG